AUGAGGACACGGCUCCGCUGUUGGGGCUGCGACAGAAAUGCCACGUACACAGGCGAGGACCAACUUCCUGCCUGGGUCCAUCUCGCAGUGGCGGAAGCUGCAGUAUCCACCAGGUCAAGACUACAAUCAAAGGCAAGACGGCGGCGACACCGAGGGUCCCCAGUGGAUGGCCCAGUGGCUCCCACGGAACAAGCCUCCAGGCCCCCAGCUGCUGGGAGAGGGGAGCGGGCCCCUGCCAAGACCCCAGGCCCAGGCUCUGUCUCUAGCCCGGGACGUGCCAGCGGGACCACCAGGCUAGGCACUCUUGCGCAGAAGGGGCUUCGGCCCCCAGCUGAGGAACCCGUGGCCAGAGGAAAAGCCCCAGAAACACCAAGAAGGAGCCCGCUGAGCGCCGGGGCACGGAGAGACUCUUCCGGGCCCUCCCCAGGCGCCCCUUCCCCAGCCACCUCCCGUCGGUCCCGGGCUGCAGGAGCUGAAGUGGGUCUCCCUCGGGCAGCUCCGAAUGCCCGGCCGCGGCCUCCGACCGAGGCCUCCAGGAAAUCCGUGAGCAGUACCCCGCAGCAUGGUGCCGCGGAGCCGAGCCCCGCCACCAGGAGGCGACCCAGCGCCGGCGGAGGUCUCCAGAGGCCAGCCUCACGCCCCUUAGGCUCCAACGCCACUCCUCUGUCCUCCCCUGCCCGCUCCGGGGCCUCGCCGGGUGGAACACCCCGGGCUCCCGGGCAGCCCUCGCAGCCCUCGCAGCCCAAGGCGAAAGGGCUGCAGGCUCUACGCCCCCGCCAGUCCACACCCCCAAGGAAGAGCGCUACCCCCGCGCCGGGCUUUUCUCCUCCGAUAGCCACACCCUCUCCACCCGGUUUGACUGCACAACUGGCACCGCCUCCGCAAAUCACAGGCACUCCCCUGCCGGCCACUCUCCCUCCAUCUCCACCGACCACGCCCCCUCCUCGCUCUCCUACCUGCCCCUUGGCCACGCCCCCUCCCCUAGCCCCGCCUUCCUCUGCUCCACUCGCUCUGCAGACCCUCCCCUCUCCGCCGGCCACACCCCCCUCGCAAGCCCCACCCACACACGUGGGUACCUCUUUUCUGGAGGCAUCCACCUCUCCUACGGCCGCUUCUCAGGCUUCAUUCUCUCCAUCCGUGUCACCCCCUCUGCAGAGUAUGCCGCCAACCCAAGCUUCUCCAGCUUUGCCCUCUCUUCUAACUCUCCCCUCUCCCUUGGCCACACCUCCUCUGUCGGCUCCUGGAUCACCAGCCACGGCUCCUCUACCACCAGCCACCUCCCUUCUACAAGCCUCUUUGACUCCAGCAACUUCUCUGCUGAAUCCGCCCUCUCCCCAAGCCACACCCCCUCUGCAGGACCUUUCUGCUUUGACUACUCCCCCUCCACGGACCAGUCCUUCCCUAUCUCCUUCCCCACUUCAGGCUAUGCCCUAUACAGUGACCACACCUCCCACGCAGGACACUUCUCUGGCCACAUACCCUCUACAAACCUCUCCCUGCCCUCUGACCACCCUCUCUCUGCAGGGUUCUCCUUCUCUAUGCUCUCCAUUUCCUUUGGCCUCACCACCGCUGCAGGCUCCGCCUUCUCUCCUGGACACGCCCCCUCCACAGACCCCACCUCAUCUGGCCACACCCCCUCCACAGGCCUCUCCCUCUCCGACCCGGUUCUUUACAGAGGUCCCACCCUCUCUGGCCUCACCACCUCUGCAGGCACCUUCUCCCCUAACCACGCCUCCUCCACAGACUCCAAUUUCCCUGGCCACACCCCCUCUACAGGCCACACCCCCUCAGGCCUUCCUCCCAGUUCAGGCCCCACCGUCUCUGCGGGCCCCUCUCCCCCCUCCGGCUUCACCACCUCUGCAAGACCCUCCCACUCCCUUGGCCACUCCCCCUCCCCAGGCUCCACCUUCCCUGGCCUUGCCUCCUCUUCAGGUUCCUCCCUCUCCCCCUACCUCACCCCCUCCGCGGACAACUCCCUCUCCCCUGGCCACACUUUCUCCUCAGGCUCCACCUUCCCUGGUCUUGCCUCCUCUCCAGGCCUCUACGCUCCCUUUGCAGGCUCCUCCCCCGCCCCUGGCCACGCCCCCUCACCAGACUCCACCUUCCCUGGCCCUACCUCCUCUGCAGGGCCCUACUCUCCCUUUGCAGGCUCCUCCCUCGCCCCUGGCCACACCCCCUCAGGCUCCACCUUCCCUGGCCUUGCCCCCGCUGCAGGUCCCUCCCUCUCCCCUGGACUCACCCCCUCUGCAGGCCCCACGCCGCCCCCCGACCCCAGGUCCCGAUGCCCCGAUCCCGGGCCCACGGCUGACCCUGGCGCUGGCCCCGGCUCCGCCGCCACCGCCCUCCCGCAGCCCGUCCAGUACGCUGAGCGGCCCGGAUCUGGCGGGCCACAGCAGCAGUGCCACCAGCACGCCGGAAGAGCUGCGCGGCUACGACAGCGGGCCGGAGGGCGGAGCCGCCGCCUCCCCUCCCGCCGACGCGGAGCUCGCCGCCUGCCACCCGGCCUCCUGGAGCCGAGGUCCCCCUCCGCCGCUGGCUGUCCGCAGCACCCCAGGAGCGCCUCUGCCUUGGCCUCCUUCUGCCGGGUCAGGCUCCGCUGACGGCCUGUGCACCAUCUACGAGGCAGAGGGGCCCGAGUCGGCGACCCCCGCCCCAGACGCGCUGGAUUCGGGUCCUGGGCCCGGCGCGGGUGGUGGGAAGGUCGUGGCUGGAGCAGGCGCGGGGGCGACCUCGCGCGGCGCGAAGCCGGCGCGCCUGGGCGAGCUGCCGCUGGGGGCGCUGCAGGCGAGCGUCGUGCAGCACCUGCUGAGCCGGACGCUGCUGCUAGCUGCGGCCGAGGGCGCCGCGGGCGGCAGCGGCGGUGGCCCAGGGGUUGCGGGGGCUGGUGGCGUCGCGGGGGGUGCCCGGACUGCGCUCAGCGACGCCGAACUGGGCCGCUGGGCUGAACUGUUGUCUCCCCUGGACGAGUCCCGCGCCAGCAUCACCUCGGUCACCAGCUUCUCCCCGGACGACGUGGCUUCCCCGCAGGGUGACUGGACGGUGGUAGAGGUGGAGACCUUCCACUGAGCCAGACCCUUAGCCCCGCCCACCAUACCCAUCCCUGCCUUAGGACCCGCCCUUCUGGCUACGCCUCUGUGUCUUAGACUGCCCGCCUGUCUGCUCUCCUUCGGGAGUCUGGCUCCCGUUGGAUUGGACGUAGCCCCCUAGAGCCCUAGAUUUUGGGUCAGGCUCUCGACCCACCCACGCCUGUGGCCGAGGUCUUUCCCCCGAGCCCCGCCCCUUUGGCCUGGAAACACCCCGACUCCCCUCGAGCCCCGCCCCCUCCCUCCGCUUAGGCUCCGCCCCGCAUCCUGUGUCUUGUCUACCACGCGCUGCCCGAGUUUGCAAUAAAAGCCGGGACGCUGCA